AAAGCAACCUCAGCAACAGUAGUAAUAGUAGUAGUAGCAGUAGUAGAAAUCAAGAAAGCAUAAGCAGCAGCAAGAAAAAUUAAAAGAUGGAGUGUCCGGUCGUCGCUGAAUGUUUAGUUUAGAAAUAAAAUGUUUGUGUAAAUUUGGUAAAAACGGCGUCCGUUCCGGGUGACCAAGUUUGUAGUAGUUAUAACAAUUCAUAUAUCAGAUCUUUUCUGAUUAUUUGUAAUUUAAAUAGACAAAAAACGACUGUGCAAUCUCCGACCCCGAAAUAGUGUUACAAUAAAAACUGUCGAACAAAAUCACGAUGGAAAAAUGUUACUGAAACAGCUACCAAUAUAUGUUAUCCAUGAAAAUAUGUGUUAUCAGUGCAAGACGAUUAAGGUGGAAUGUUAAUCAAGGAAGCCGCUCGGAGGAACCUCCAUUGUUCCGUUCGGUUGUUGGUCGUCGUCGGAUGUGUUUGUGUUUGCUGCCCUCUACUAUUGCCGCUCAUCAUUUGCACUAACGGCGACGGCUGAGGCGUUUGGUUUUGGAAGAACCGCUUUCGAAUAUCCGAGAGUGGAGCGGAAAAUAGAAACACCAACAAAACUACAAGGAGCAUAAUCUGCCGACUGUAAUAUGUACGUUAACAGCGUCACGGAUGCGACAGAUUACGACUUCGAGAAAGCAGAAAAUGCAGCCAAAUGGAAAGGUGUUUUCAUAACAUCACUGAGAAAGGUUCUAGAGCAAGUGCAUCCCUCGUUGCAAGCCCGCGAGGAUGCAUUGCUCUAUGUCGAAAGCUUAUGUCUAAGGUUACUAGCGAUGCUGUGUGCGAAACCACCUCCGAAGACAGUAGCGGAUGUCGAGGAACGGAUAGUGCGCACCUUCCCCACCCCCAUCGACAAAUGGGCCCUUGAUGAGGCCAGUGAGACUAUAGACAAAUCCAAGAAAAAGAAGACGGUGUUUCCAGUAGAUCGUGUGCAUACAUUAUUGCAGAAGGAGGUGUUACAAUACAAAAUCGACAGUUCGGUUUCAUUGUUCCUGGUUGCGGUGUUGGAGUACAUUUCCGCUGAUAUAUUGAAGCUAGCUGGAAACUAUGUUAAGAACAUACGACACGUCGAGGUAUCCCGUGAGGAUAUCGAAGUCGCCAUGUGCGCUGACAAGGCGCUCAUGGAUAUGUUCUAUCAGGGUGACAAUUCGGGCUCCAUGGCACCGAGCCCGCUACCACCAACACCUCGUAGGAGUCUAACCUAUGAAGAAGUCGUGAAGGAACUGAUACACGACGAAAAACAAUACCAGAGGGAAUUACACAUGAUAAUCCGCGUAUUCCGUGAAGAGCUUGUUAAAAUAGUAAAAGAUCCCAAGGAACUUGAUUCCAUCUUCUCCAAUAUCAUGGAUAUCUACGAAGUGUCAGUAACAUUACUCGGAUCGUUAGAAGAUGUGAUCGAAAUGUCACAGGAACAAACUCCGCCAUGCAUCGGCAGUUGCUUUGAAGAGCUAGCAGAAGCGGCUGAGUUUGAUGUGUACGCAAAGUACGCGGCAGAUAUAACAUCAGUCCAGACGAAGGAAGCCUUAACUAAUUUGCUGUCUAGACCCGAGGCAAACUCGUUGAUGUCAGCCGGUCAUGGUUUCAGAGAAGCGGUCAAAUUCUACCUACCAAAAUUACUUUUAGGGCCUAUCGGGCAUGCACAGUUAUAUUUAGAUUAUAUUAAAGUUUUACUACAGCUUAGUCCAUCACAGGAGGACAAGGAGAGCUUCGAACAGGUCCAGGGCCUGCUGAAACCCCUGCAGUGUGAACUGCAAAGCAUAUCCUCGCUACUACCCAGGGAAUAUUUCGCAAGAGUGAAUAGUAGAGCCCGGCGUCAGUCGGCAAUCGAGAAAACGCGAGAACUACAGAACAGUGUCGAACACUGGGACAAAGAUGUGGGCCAGUGUUGUAACGAAUUCAUUAGGGAGGAUACGCUUGCGAAAUUAAGCUCCGGCAAGAGGCAAACCGAACGAAAAGUAUUCUUAUUCGACGGUCUGCUGGUACUAUGCAAGACCAGACGACAAAUUGUUCCUGGGAAUAACUACGAAUUUCGGUUGAAGGAGCGCUUUUUCAUGCGCAAAGUGGAAAUUAUCGAUCGACCGGACACGGAAGAGUUGAAAUUUGCAUUCGAAAUAUCACCGCGUGAGCCUAGUAGCGUUGUACUUAUCGCCAAGAAUGCGCAGCAUAAAAACGACUGGAUGGCAGACCUAGUGAUGCUUAAUACGAAAUCUAUGCUGGAACGCAUUCUAGACAGUAUUCUACUAGACAUCGAAAAGAAACACCCCCUAAAAUUGCCUAGUCCAGAUAUUUACGCAUUUGUCGUUCCGGAUUCGCCUUCCAAUAUAGUGUUAGAAGAACGGGACGGCACUGGCGUGCCUCUGAUUAAGGGUGCUACUUUGACGAAAUUGAUAGAACGAUUGACGUACCACAUUUACGCCGAUCCUAUGUUCGUGCGAACAUUCUUGACAACGUAUCGAUCAUUUUGUUCACCGAAAGAAUUGCUUAAAUUGUUGGUUGAACGAUUCGAUAUUCCGGAUCCAGCUCUGGUGUACGACAGUACGAACGAUAAAGACCUCGGCUCGGACACGGAGAAAUUUCACAAGAAUUCUCAGCGAGAGGAUUGGAAGCGAUACAAAAAGGAAUACGUGCAGCCGGUUCAGUUUCGAGUAUUGAAUGUUUUGCGACAUUGGGUGGAUCAUCACUUUUACGACUUCGAGCGAGAUCUGGAGCUGCUGGAUGAACUGCACAAGUUCCUAGAGACUGUACGUGGCAAAUCCAUGCGCAAGUGGGUGGAUUCGGUGUUGAAAAUUGUAAAAAGAAAGAGUGAAAGUGAGGACAAUCAUCGGCAGAUUUCGUUUGCCUUCGAUCUCAGUCCACCGGCGAUAGAGCACCAUCUGCCGUUGAACAAUGAGAAUGAGUUCAACUUGCUGAUGUUGCAUCCGCUGGAGUUGGCACGUCAGUUGACGUUACUGGAAUUUAAGAUGUACAAAAAUGUGAAACCAUCAGAGCUGGUCGGCUCAGUGUGGACCGGGAAGGAUAAAGAAACUACUAGUCCUAAUUUAUUAAAGAUUAUGCACCACACCACGAAUUUUACUCGCUGGAUCGAAAAAUCGAUCAUCGAAGCAGAAAAUUUCGAGGAGCGUGUGGCGAUGGCAUCACGUGCAAUAGAGGUGAUGAUGGUGCUGCAGGAUUUAAACAACUUCAACGGCGUGUUGUCGAUCGUGUCUGCUUUCCAGGGGGCCGCCGUGCACCGACUCAAGCUUACGCUAGAGGAGAUUCCGAAGAGCUACCAGCGGGUGCUGGCCGAUUGCCGGGAGCUGAAUAAUUCGCACUUCAAAAAGUAUCAGGAAAAGCUGCGUUCAAUAAAUCCACCUUGUGUGCCAUUUUUCGGAAUGUAUUUAACCAAUAUUUUACAUAUAGAGGAAGGGAAUCCAGAUUUUUUACCAAAUACGGAAUUAAUAAACUUCUCUAAGAGAAGACGCGUAGCUGAAAUUACUGGUGAAAUACAGCAAUAUCAAAAUCAACCAUACUGCUUAAAAAAAGAUCCUAGCAUUAGGCAUUUUCUAGAAAAUUUAGAUCCUUUUAAAGGAAUGAGUGUGACGGAAAUUCAAAACUAUCUCUACGAGGAAAGCAAACGGAUAGAGCCAAAAAAUUGUCGUCAGCCGUUGAAAUUUCCUCGCAAAUGGCCUGAUAUUUCUCUAAAAUCGCCUGGUAUUAAACCAUCCUCGAGACGAACAAUCGGCUCACUCAAUUCGUCGAUGACGUUGCCGUUCGGUAAAUUUGCACUACCGAACAAUAACGACACUGGAGCCGAGCAACAGUCACCUCCAGCCAACUCAUCGUCGUCUUCCGUACUCGACUCAGCGAUAUUCGCUCCCGUCUACUUGAACUCUGCCUCGUCCUGUAUAUCACACAACCAGCAUCACCCGUAUCAACAGUAUCCGCAUCACCAUCACUCCCAAGGAUCAAUGCCAUAUUACCACCCAGGGCAGCAUAGUUUAUCCCAAUCUGUAGUUAAUCUAACAUCCACAACUGACCAGCAAAUGGCACCGGAGAUUCCCCGCCGGUCUGAUAGUAUUAUACUGCCUUCUUCGUUAUCAUCCCACACGCAGUACAACAUGAAUAACAGCAGUUUGUCCGAAUCGAGCAGCAAUCCCAGCGGAAGCGGUAGUGGCAAACUGAUUCCGAGCCCUCGCUACCCGUCUUCGUCAAUGGGUGCCCUAUCGUCGUCGUCUAGUGUCAGUGGUUCCACCUUUUUUGGCAUUCUCAGCGCCUCGAGCAGUGAUGGUAACGCCAACAAUAAUCAUUCUACCGCUAGCUUUAAAUACACGCCAACGCUUAGUCAGAACAGAGUACUAGCCAAUAUGCAUGCUGAAGAGCCUCCCAAUUCGAUUAUUUCAGCGUCCAGCCUAGGUGUUGGUGGUGCUGCAGGAAAUAGUAACUUCAGCUUAAGCAGCACAGCUACGACUAAUGCUGCAAGCAUUUUAUCCCUCAGUGAUGGGCCUCCGGUACCUCCCCCACCGCUGCCACCACAGACAUCAGUUCCCGUUAUUCCAUCAGCCUCUUCGAUGUCUUUAUCAUCGGCCAGCUCAUCGUCGACGCUGGCAGCUGCUCAUGCACCGGCUCCACCACCCUCGGCAGCAGACAUUCCUCCUGCGAUUAGUCCACGAACAGAUAAAUUAGCACAGCCUCCACCAGCGCCAUUACCUUUGCGAACUCAUGGAGGUGGAACUGAUUUUUGCCAUAAUAUUUCCGGACUACCGAACUGUACAUCACCACAAGCAACUAGUAGUAGUUGCAGUAGCUUUAGAAGUAAUUCAUCCAACCCUCUAAGAAACCAAAACUGUGAUUUUCCCCCUGCAAACACUGCUCUAAAUAGAUCUUCCUGCGAAAACUCGCCCAUCUAUCCGUCGAGUCCGAAGUUAUAUCCCUUGGGAGCAGUUGGAGGUCCAGGAUGCACUGUACCAGAUUUGAACAGCAGUGCAGUUUCACCACCCUCGCUGUCCGCUUCUUUUAACUCAUCGACUACGGUCGAUUCGAUGAUCCUUAGCACAACGGUGGCAAGCAGCGAUUUCGGUCCAAUACCGAUCUCACCGCACGUGAACGUACCAAAUGCACACAAUAUUCCUCCCCCAAUGCCACCUCCUCUACCUCCUAGGGUUAAACGGAAAGAUUCCUCUGGGGAGUCAUUACAGUCAUCGCAGGUACGACAAGCGCCGGACGCGCCCAGGCUUCCCCCGAGAGAUAUCAGUCCCCCACCGUUACCGCCGCGUCACUAUAUCCAGUCUCAAUGCAUGCAUCAUUCGCAAAAGGAGCAGCCUCUAUACGGCUACGGUACCAUAGUUUGUGAUAAUUUCAAAUCAAGCUGUUUGUUUGCGAAAGAUGAAUCCCCAUCUUCAUCAUCGUCGUCAUCCACACUAACCCGCGAUAACCUAAAUCAACAUAACCAGCAGAAUGUGAGUAAGCAACGCCUACUGAUGCUACCGCAUACCAGUACCAUCAUGAUGCGUCGAAAUUCCGCUAUGGACCGAUCAUCAAAGGAAACAGUGGCUAACAUAGCCUCAUCGCCAUCGCUUUCCGGACUAUCUUGCGGCGGUGCGGUGGGCGGUAGUGCGCCUAAUACCGCGGGACAUGUUAAUUUGUCGCCUGCUGCUGGCGGCCCGGCAGCUAAGAACAAAUCCGUGCAGAACUCUCCCAUUUCGCAGCAACCGCUGGUGUGCGGACGUCGGCCUAGUUCGAAUAUCUCGCCACGUUUUUCACCCGGAGAAACUACACCCAAAUUACCUCCGAAACCAAAGCAAACAGAUCGAACAAUGUUCCCUUACCCCAGCACCAACUGACCAAGCGGAAAUGGUUGCGGGCGACACUUUUUACGAUGAGCGGCAUAUCUAGUCGCGAAUGGAAUACGCCUGAAGAAACUUCACGGAAAGAACGAUCAUCAUCUGUUAUGACAAAGCGAUAACAACCGUACCGAGUAUUUCGACAAUGUUCUGCAAUUUUAUCGAUUUAUGACUUUGUUUUUAUCGGAUGCCCCCCUGAAGCACUGUUGCAAUUAUGUUAUUGCUUUUGCAAUUUUCUUUUAUAAUUUUUAACAAGCAUUAUUUUAUGUGCUCUCAUUCGAAACAUCGUAUGUAUAGUAAGUCGCCAGAAGUAAGGCAAGUAUACAAAACGAAAAGUGCCAUAUUUAGCGGUUAGGAUCGGAAAAAAUUCUCAGCAAACAAAACUUGUAUAGAAAACGGUAUUACCAUUCUGAAAAAUAAGCAUCUGAUUUUCUCGCAACUGAUGAGGCCAUCCUUAUAACAGCAUAUAAUACAAGCAGUGUCGUGUUCCUAUAUUUGCAUAAAAUACUACCAUAUUAAUAAGAGAAGUACGUUGAAAUAGACGAAACAAUAUUUACGUUGACCAAUUAAAAUUGAGAAAAACAACGCUGUCGUUAUUAGAAACAAAUGACCACGAGGCAAAGUGGCUGUUUUGAUGAAAAAAAUAGACCUCUUUUUUUUCUUAAGAGACCUGGUUAAUCUAAUUCACAAACUUGUUUAUCAAUGAAUAGGAGCUAAUCACUAGAAAAGUAUUAUAAUGUCUACGCCAUGCAGAAGGAUUUCCACUAGGAUUGGUUGUUUGAAUAAAAUUUAGGCAGAAGUUUCGUUACAACUAUAUAAUACCAAACCAACUGAAAAAAUCAUUAACAUAAAAGUGUAUGAUUGAUUUUCCUAAAAAAUCUGCUGUGUCACUUUGCCUCGGCGUGUCUCUGAUGAUCGUUUUUUACUGAAGAACAUGCGAUGAACUGCGAUCCGCAACCACAUAGAAUAUAUAUAUAUAUAUAUAUA